AGCCGCCGACAAGGAUACAAGAGCCGCUCGCUCAAGAAGAACGCGCAUUCUUUUUUUAUGUCGUUCAAAAAGGAUUGAGGCGUUGACAGUAGUCGUAGAGCUUAAAAUUAGUUUUUACUUUUUGGACUUCGUGUUUGUCCACGAGGGCGUUCUUGAGUAGUUUUUACUUUUUGUAAUUUCAGACUAUGAUUGAAGAAUCAGAAUGAGACCUGAACAUUAAAUUCGUAUAUUCCUCCUAGGCGGCUAGGGCGAACGCGAAGCAGCUAAGUAGCUAUUUUAUUUCGCAGGGCCCGGAUAAAAGCAAUUUGAAUUACAAUUUGGUAUCACGCGUGCAACAUUACCAUAAGCACAUCAAGAUGACGCCGUCCACGACAAUGUCGCAGCGGACGAGAAGCAGGGUCGUUGCGCUAGCUGCGCUCUCAAGUGCUCUCCGCUUGGUUGCCGGGCAGGGACUUCCGGACUGGUUUCCGAGUCAUCUGAAGGACGACUACAUGGAAUUGCUUUCUUCCGACGUGCUUGCAGAAGACUCCUGCGCGAAGCGGCUAGCGAUGUACAAGGAGCUGUCACAAGUUGGUAAGUGAGAAAAAGACGUUUUUCGUUGAAAUACGUUUACAUUCAUACGAUGAUUUUCUUCUACUUCUCAGUUUGGCUCAUCAGCACCUCUUGUUAGCACCAGCAGAACAUACAAGUGUAGAAGUAUGGUGCAUGUUGGACCGCUUGUGCUUGACGUCCAGAUCACCUUUUUGUCACUCGAAUUAGUGUGCUUGGUGCUAUGUCUCCUGCUCCUGAAAUAACAGCGGAACCUCAAGUGGCGCAGAUACGGUACUCCAUUCUCGAGGACCUCGGGUUCUGCUCUCUGCGAGAGGAGGAUUACCGCAAAGCCAGUGCCAACUUCCAAUCCGCGCUCUCUGAGGUGGAGACCUUUACCCGGGUUAGCGAAGUUAGCUUGAUGAAAAUGCCGUCGUUGCAACACUUCGCACCCCUGAUAUUCGAGCGCGACGCCGCGACGUCCCUAAAUUUGAAAAAAUGGGGUGACGCCGCUAUGAUGUUGCGACGGGUGAACCUGGUCAAAGGUAAGUAUUGAAUUGUGUGACGCUUCGAGUUCUAGUAGCCUUCAAACCUAUGGUCUAUUGUGUAGGCAGAAGUGCAGAAUUUCCGUGUGAGAACGCGUGUAACUACUGCUGUCAGAUGCAGCUUUAUGAGAUGUUGAUGAUUAGGGAGAAACAAGAAUAUGCGUCGACGAAAUUUUCAUAUGCAGAUCGCAACUUCGACAAGGAGAUGAAGAUGAUUGCGCAGCAGCAAGGCAUUGCCUCUAAAGAGGACAUCAAAAAGGACUGGGACCGCGUGAAGCCGCGCGUGCUGCAGCAAAUGAGCCAGCAGCCCGGCGCGACUGGGAACGUGGUUAAGUCGCACGUUGCGCGCGGAGAGCUGCUUGCCAACAUCAUCAACCGCAUCGACGCCGCGUCGGGCGUAAACUCCUACCGAAAGAAAGCCAUUUCCGACGCGAAGUUCGUUCCAGGGUUGCUGUCCCCCGAUUUCACCUUUACAGCAGAGGACUCUUCACACUUCCUAUUGGAUGACCUGAAGGGUCUCAAGUGGCCAUCGAAGGGCCUGGAGGGAAAGCAGACAAGCUUGGUACUUAUGUAUGGAUACGUUCAUUUUGAUUUUUCCAUGUUGAUGCUCGAACUUAGUGUAUGUUGAUGCGCUAGUAGCAAGAACGCGAAGUAGCAAGUUGCUGCUGCAUGAUGACGCGAUCUACUUGUUCAUCAAGAGAAAUAAGAUACGAGGAAGAUGGUUACUUUCCCCCUUUCCGUUACUUCCAGGUUUCCCCCCGCACCGGAAAGGCCGGGGAGUGCGACGAGAAGGUGUGGCCGGAAUUUUGUGAACUGCUCAAGAAGGCGAAGUACAGCUCCGACGUUUUUAGUAGCGUUUUCGGCGGCGUGAAGGUUCUCGGCGGCAAGGCGGGAAAAGAGCAGAACCACAAGCUGGAAGUGUGCGAGUCAAACGCGGUUUUGGGGUUGGUACUCUCCGAGAAGGACUUCAAGCUGCACUUUGAAGCGGAUUCCGGCCGCGACGCGAAGACCGAGACGGUAGCGAAAGACACCCCGACGUUCGUGAACUUUUGUCGCCCGAUUCGCGUGGAGCGCAGUUCGCCCGUGCUGUUCGCGCAGCUCUGGCACCCCGAGGUGGCACCGAUCGAGCGGUCCACCAUGAUCCGCGCGACUGUCUCGGAGAAGGAAAAGCAGAACGAUUUGGCGAAGUUGGUCAACAAGCAAAGCGACUACUGGGAGAAAACGAAGCGACAGUGGCAAACCAAGCACGCGAACCAGCAUAGUAUAGAAAACAUCGACAGCCAGAAGAAGCAGAAGCUGCAGAAGGAGGCCGAAAAAAAGGCCGAAGAGACGGAGGAAAUGAACGAUAUGGAUGCGUCAGGAUCGAAAUCGUCAAAGUUGAAAUAGUUCGCGAUGCAUAAAAUGCAACGCAAAAAUUGCCUCUAUUGCAGAGGACGCAAGGGAUGCAGAUUGAUUGUAAGCCUGUGCAGGGGUAGAAAUUAAGCUGCUAAAGGAGCAUGAGAAAAGGCGUCUUCCUUACCCAAACAGCAUGAAAAACUGGAUUUCAGUCCUACCCAGAUUUGUCAUGCGCCACUUAAAAACUAGGCGCCAACUGGUAUCCGUUCCAUGCAUCACAAACCAUUUCAACUUAGACGAUUUCAAUCCUGACACUCCCAUAAACGAGGAGGAGCGAAAGCGGGCCGUGAAGAAGCUCGAGGCCGAACGGGCGGAGAAGCUGAAGAUCGAGCAGCAGAAGGCGGAGGAGCGAAAACAGAAGGCAGAGAAGAUGGCGGCCAAGAAGAAGCAGGAGGAGCCCUGGAGAAAUGUAAAGAUCAUGAUGAAACCCAGGGGCGAUACAGAUUCUGACGCGAAGAAAGUCGAGACUACGGUAGAAGAAUGUUGUUGCGCACGUUUCUGUAGAAGUUCAAGCUGUACUAGUACACAAUACCUCAGUGAAAGAAACACGAUAGUGCUGGUUUUGUUCUAUGCCUUCGUUUUCUAUUUCUGGAUCCUCUCCUCGUUGCGAAAGCGAACGUCACCAGACAAUGCGAUAAUUCCUCCCGAUUUCACUUUCCAGAAACACUUGAUAGACUUAGACCAAAACUAAAAUUACAAUACGCCAUGAAAAUAAUUAACAAAAUUAUCAGCUGCAAGAAGAGAUGAAUGCCCUUGAAUCGCUGAAGGAAGAGAAACGCGACCUCGACCGACAGCUCGAAUUCGGCCACGCUUCCGAGCUGGUGAAGGACAUCAAUGCGCUAGAGCGACGGGUCAAGGCCGCGGAGAAGCUCGCAAAGAAGGCCCACAAAAAGGCGGAGAAGAACAAAGACAAAGGCGGCGACAGCUCCAAGACAACGGAAGACAAAAAGACCUCAGACGAAAAGAAGGAGAAGAAGGAAGAGGACUCCAAACAGGAAUCGUCAAAAUCUCAAUCGGAUUCAUCUCCAGCCAAAAAGGCAGACAAGGCCGAGAAGAAAAAGGAGCCGGAGGAAGAGAAACCGAAGGUCGAGGAGGAAAAAGCACCGAAAAAGUCUCAGAAAGAGGAAGCGAAGGAUACGAUCAAGGACAUGAAGCAACAGCUAGAGGACUACACGAAGCAGAAGAACGAGGCAAUCGCGAAGGAAAACUACAAGAAGGCAAAAUCUUUGAAGAAGGAGAUCGAGUUACUGGAGAAGAAUAUCAAGGAGAUGGAAACCGUCGCGGAAAAGGACGAGCUGUGAAUGACGGAAGUGUACUAGCAGUUCAGUAUAUCACUUGAUGUACUGCCUUCGUUGAGGAGAAACAAGACCAACCGGGUGAAAUGAACCUGUGUGGCCGCGAAGCUGUUUCUUGGUAUCCAAACACGUAAAAUGAAAAUGAAAACUCAACUUUCGUAGUUGUGAAAAAGCACGUGGAAAAAAUGUAUAUACGCACACCCAUCCAAGUUCUUGCUGGCAAGUUUCACAAACAUGAGACCCAAUAAACCGACGACAAUUUUUCGACCCUCCCCCAGAGUAAGCACUACCCCUUGUGUCGCUCCAGCUUUUCGGAAAGUUGCACGAGAAGUACCUCGGAUGUGACACACAAAAACCUACCCACAUACAGGAUAUUAAAGCUCGUCUCUAACUACAAACGACCGGAAUAAAGAAAAAGUAGAUCUAGAAGCGAAAAGAU